AUGAAAUAAUAAUGGAAUGAUAUUAAUGAAGAUGUUAAUCUGAUAACCAUAUUAAAAUCAAAGUUUAAACAGACCAAUCCCACUCAAAUUUGUAUCUACAUUUAAUACUAAUGAGGUUACAAGACCUUUGAUCAUGAAGGAUUGUUACUUAAAGACAACAUAGUUUAUAGAGGAAUAAUUCGUAAUUACACUUUUGUCUUAUAACGAAAGGAUAAAAAUGAAUUCUUUCUAGACUUUAAUCAAUACCCACUUAGUAUUCAUUAAUUACAAUUUUAGAACUAUCCAUAUUGUCCAAUGAUCUCUUUUAAUUAUAAGUGUUUAGUUAUCAGUUUUAGUUUUAAUCUCUCACCAAUAGUAAAUAAUGGAUCCUAUCGCUUAAUUACUACAUCAAUACAUCAAAACCGUAUUGUUUUCAACCUCCCUUGCCUAACUUUUACCUUUAACAUAAAAUUCCUUUUGAUAUAUUUGAAAAGAGAGCUGAGUCCUUAGAUUUACUAUUAUUUAAAAGUAAAUCUAUAGCUUGUUAGCUCUAAAGACUGAUAACAAAUAGUGAAUAUGGUAAGUAUCAAAAUAUUAUGUAGAUCAUGUUGCUCUUGUUUUAAGAAACAACAAAAAUGUGCUCCAUAUUUUUGAAGCUAACAGUGAUAAUGGAGUUUGUAUAUAUACAUGGGAAACUCUAAUGAAGAGCAAUUUUUAAGAAUACAUAACACAAAUUAGUUAUAGAUAAUUAUAUAUUAAAAGAGACAUGACAUUACUUUUAAAAUUAUAAGAUUUUAUAUUAAAAAAUCACGGCAAAAAGUAUUCUGCCAACAUCAUGAAGUUAUGUAAGAAAAGAUCAAUAACUGGAGUUGAAAAGGAAAAUUACUUUUGCUCCGAAUUAGUAGCUGCUUGUUAUAAACAUUUAGGAAUUAUGGAAAAUGAUAUUUCAUCUUGUUAAUUUUGGCCAAGUAUUUGAUUGUAGUUUAUAAUUAUAGAGGAUUUUGCAGGGAAUGUGAAACUAGUAAAUAAUGCUGAAUUAAGCCAUGAGAUUAUAAUAUAUUAAUGA